UGCUGUAGAGGUAGAACAAGUAAUCAGAAGAGAAGAGCCAUUUUUCAAUAGGACAAACUAUCGAGAAAGAUGUAAAGAGCGAAUUGAUGAUUACACUGGAAAAAGGACGUUGUGUGGCGGCUACUUCCUGAACCCAAAAUGUGUUUGUUCUUUCUACAUGUACGAAUUACAAAUAUGGGACGUGUGCGAUCUUUCGGAUCCCAACAAGAAUGGUAGCUUGGAACACGUGUCAGUGGACUUCUGUUUAGAAUACAGCUUUACAAAAAACGGACCCUGUCAAAACAAUGGCACAUUAAUUCCCUCUUCAAAUUUGGCAAAGGAUGACGCAAGGUGUAAAUGUAAAGAAAACUAUACAGGAGAAUUUUGCGAUAUGUAUAACGGGAAAAUUAAAUGUCAAGAUACCAACCCAGGUGUGCACUCACCUCAAAGCUGUGAUGUAAAGGGAUUCAAUGGUCGAUAUUGUUUGCUAAAAGUGAAUGGAGUCAGUUUUUGGUGUGAUUCGGAGUCCCCUGUUUCAGGUAUUUGCGCCAUAGAUGCAGCAGUUGUUAGCUACAUGGUACACAAGAUUUUAAAUGAACUACAAUGUAUGGAGAUAAGAACCGCCCCUGUCUACUAA